GACUAUUCGCCAAUCGUUAUUCCUAUUGCUAACCAAUUAUUAAGGAGUCUCGUCUUUCGUUUUCUUCUGGAAAAGUCAAGCGUGCACUUAAGUGUCGUUUUCUGUCAGAGUAUUUUAUCAUUAUAAAAGUCAAACAAAAAUGUUCGGACCAGGGGCUGCUCCGAUUGUAGUUUUAAGUCAGAAUACGAAACGGAACACCGGCCGGAAAGUUCAAAGAGAAAAUAUCCAAGCUGGAAAGGCUAUUGCAGAUGUCAUUAGAACAUGUCUGGGACCACAAGCAAUGUUAAAAAUGUUAAUGGACCCAAUGGGAGGCAUAGUUAUGACCAAUGAUGGAAAUGCUAUAUUACGUGAAAUAACAGUACAACAUCCUGCUGGAAAAUCAAUGAUAGAAAUAGCUAGAACUCAAGAUGAAGAAGUUGGUGAUGGUACUACAUCAGUUAUUGUAUUGGCAGGAGAAAUUUUAUCGGUUGCUGAACCAUUCCUUGAACAAAAUAUGCAUCCUACUAUCAUAAUAAGAGCAUUCCGUCAAGCUUUAGAAGAUAUAGUGACCAUUCUCAAUGAUGAAGUCAGCAUUGAUCUAGAUUGCAAUGAUAGAAGCAAGUUGAUUCAAGUAAUAAAUUCCUGUGUUGGAACUAAAUUUAUUGGACGGUGGUCUGAGUUAGCAUGUAAGAUUGCUUUAGAUGCAGUUUAUACUGUUAUGUUUGAAGAGAAUGGUAGAAGGGAAAUAGAUAUAAAGCGAUAUGCAAAAGUAGAGAAAAUUCCUGGUGGUACUAUUGAAGACAGCACUGUUCUUAAGGGUGUAAUGUUUAACAAAGAUGUUACUCAUCCAAAAAUGAGAAGGCAUAUUAAGGAUCCAAGAAUAGUUCUAUUAGAUUGUUCCUUGGAAUAUAAAAAGGGAGAAUCUCAGACUAACAUAGAAAUAAUGAAAGAUACAGAUUUCACCAGGAUUUUAGAACUGGAAGAGGAGUCUGUUAAGAAAACUUGUGAAGAUAUUAUAGCUGUGAAACCUGAUCUAGUAAUCACUGAAAAAGGAGUAUCAGAUUUAGCACAACAUUAUCUUGUCAAAGCUGGAAUUUCUGCUAUUCGUAGAUUAAGAAAGAGUGACAUUAACAGAAUUGCAAGAGCUUGUGGUGCAACUGUUGUUAACCGUACAGAAGAAUUACGGGAAGAAGAUAUUGGUACCAAAGCUGGUCUCUUUGAAAUCAAGAAACUUGGAGAUGAAUACUUUUGCUUUAUUACAGAAUGUAAAGAUCCUAAAGCAUGUACUAUAAUUUUGAGAGGUGCCAGUAAAGAUGUGUUAAAUGAAACUGAAAGGAACUUACAGGAUGCCCUUCAUGUUGCAAGAAAUCUUCUUAUUGAACCUAAAUUGGUAGCAGGUGGAGGAGCAGUUGAAAUGGCAGUAUCAAGAUUAUUGACUGAGAAAGCAGGAAGACUUGCAGGUGUAGAACAAUGGCCUUACAAAGCUGUAGCUCAAGCAUUAGAGAUAAUUCCAAGAACUCUUGCACAAAAUUGUGGAGCAAAUGUCAUCAGAACAUUAACAGCAUUACGUGCAAAACAUGCUACUGGAGGAAUGACAUGGGGUAUUGAUGGAGAAACUGGUCAAUUGGUAGAUAUGAAAGAACGCGGUAUUUGGGAGCCUCUAGCUGUGAAGUUACAGACUUACAAAACAGCUAUUGAAACUUCUAUUUUGCUGCUAAGAAUUGAUGACAUUGUAUCAGGAAGCAAGAAGAAAAAGUCAGACAACGAGCCUACUCCACCCGCACAAAUUUCAGAAGAAGCUAUGAAAGAUUAGAAACGUUAAAUUUAUAUUGCACUCAAUAAGCUUUUACUUGCGUUAACAUGUAAUGUUUCAU